AUGUUCACUAACCUAUAUCUACCCAUUCAUUCCUAUUCCGGAAAUAAUCAACUAAAAUGUACUGACUAUAUUUCAAUCCCAUUUCAUUUUUUUACAGGUAUUGUUGAUUAUUCGAACGAUACGAAUGAUAUUGCUGCUGUUAAUGGUAUAGGUGGAAAUGGUGGUGGCGGUGGUGACAAUUCAUUACAUUCAGGAGAUUUAAAUUCAAGUUCUAAUGAUGGUGAUGAUGAUGAUAAUGAUGUAGGAGAAAGUUUGAAUAAUCAAUCAAAAUUAUCAUCAUCAUGGAUUGAAAUUGUUCGACAACUACCACGACCGCCACCGCCACCGCCUUCAUCAAGUGAUUCAAAAACAAAUUGUAUCUGUGAUAUGAAUAAUAACAGUAAUAGUCAACAUCGUCCAAUAUCAUUUAUACCUGGCCAACCGGUACACGAUCCAGAACGAAUCAUAAUAUUUUUAAUAACACCAACAUAUACCCGACCUACACAAGCGGCCGAUAUGACAAGAUUAUCUCAAACACUUCAAUUAGUGCCGGAUAUUUUUUGGAUUGUAGUCGAAGAUGCUCAUAAUAGUUCUAGGAGUGUCGAAGAUUUGUUACGUCGAUCAAAUGUUCCAUAUGUUCAUCUACUUGGACCAAGACCGCCUACACAUUUAGACAAACGUAGUGGACGUGGUGUAUCAAAUCGAUUACGUGCAUUCGAAUGGCUUCGUGAAAAUUAUUCGAAUACAACACAAAAAGGUGUCAUAUAUUUUGCCGAUGAUGAUAAUGCCUAUGAUGUUAGAUUAUUUGAUGAAAUUCGUUCGACAAACAUAGUUUCAAUGUUUCCGGUAGGAUUGAUUUCAACACUUGGCCUUUCAACACCGAUUGUUAGUCGAAAAUCUGGAAAAAUAAUUGGUUUCCAUGAUCCAUUCAUUGGCCGAAGAAAAUUUGCUGUCGAUAUGGCCGGAUUUGCUGUUAAUUUACAAUUUUUUCUAAACCAAAAAAAAGCCACAAUGCCAUACAAAGUUGGCUAUGAGGAAGAUUAUUUUCUAAAAAGCCUUGGCGUACAAAUUUGGCAAUUGGAACCGAAAGCUGAAAAUUGUACACAGAUACUUGUAUGGCAUACGAAAACAAAACCUGCCGAUCAACCAAAAUUGCCAUUGAUGAAAAAAGUAACAAAUUAUACCGAAACAAAUUUACCCGAUCUAUAUGCUAAUCAAUUAGGACAAUCCUGAUAUGGUUUAUUCACAAAAAUAUACACACACAGUCGAAAUUCGAUAUACACUUUUUUUUACCAUUCCUUGAUCAUCAACAUAUAAAAAAAUCAACAAUUUUUUUUUUGAAACAAAAUCACAUUUUCAAUAUUUAUUUAUUUUUUUUAUUUGAUCACAUUCAUGUGUGUGUGUGUGUGUGUUUGUGUAUCAAGGAUCUUGUUGUUCCUGUAUUCCUAAAUAUAUUUUUUACUAUAAAGAAAUAACAUCAAUGAUGUGCCAACGAUAAACA